AUGGCAAUGGCUUUUCCAGACAUGAAGUCAAAGGAUGCAAGGAUUGCAACUUUUGCAAGUCAUGAUGGACAUGUAAUUAAGGAAAUAACCCCAGAAAAAUAUGCAGAAGCGGGUUUCUUUUCUUACGGUCAACAUGAUGCAGUAACAUGUUACUAUUGCGCUGGAACAAUAGCAAAUUGGCUACCAAACGAUGAUCCUUGGAAUAUUCAUGCACAUCUUUUUCCGGAUUGUAUGUUUGUCUAUUUGAAAAGAGGCAAAAACUUCAUCAAUUUACAAGUUGCUAGAAUUCAACCUGUUUCUUCUUAUGAACCAGCAAAACCAGUCGAUGAUGACAAAUCACGUUAUGAGUGUAAAAUUUGCUUUUCCGCUGAAAUAAGUGUAGUUUUUAAACCAUGUGAGCACAUGAUUACUUGUUAUGAUUGUGCACCUCAAUUCAAUAAAUGUCCUUGGUGUAAAGCAACAGUUUUGACUGCUGUAAGAUGUAUUGUAUCAACCUAA